AUGGCGGACGAAGGCAAGUCCGUGGCGAAGAUCAUCGACGGCAAGGCCAUCGCGAAGCAGAUCCAUGGCGAGGUGGCUGAGGGGGUGGCCAAACUAAAGGAAGCCACUGGGAAGGUCCCAGGGUUGGCUGUGAUUAUAGUGGGGGAGCGCAAGGACUCGCAGACGUACGUGCGGAUGAAGGUGAAGGCGUGCCAGGAGGUGGGGAUCGCGUCGUUCGAGGGGAAGCUUCCUGGCGAUGCCAGCCAGGAUGACGUCAUUGCUGCUGUCAGAGAGUUCAACGCCAACCCUGACGUUCAUGGCAUUCUGGUUCAGCUCCCCCUGCCGGCACACAUCAGCGAGGAGGCGGUGCUUGCUGAGGUGGCGCUGCCCAAGGACGUGGACGGCUUCCAUCCAAUCAACAUCGGCCAGCUGGCGAUGAAGGGGCGCCACCCGCAGUUCGCUCCAUGCACUCCCGAGGGCUGCAUGGUUCUAUUGGAGCGCAGUGGCGUGCAGAUCAGCGGGCAGCGGGCGGUGGUGAUUGGCCGCAGCAACAUCGUGGGCAUGCCUGCUGCGAUGCUAUUGGUGGAGAGGGACGCGACGGUUACCAUAGUGCACUCGCGGACCAAGGAGCCCAAGGAGAUCGUGAAGCAGGCGGAUAUUGUUAUUGCUGCUAUUGGGAGGGCCCAGAUGGUGAAGGGAGACUGGUUGAAGGCGGGGUGUGCAGUGAUUGACGAGGGGAUCAAUGCAGUCGACGACGUGAGCAAGAAGGCGGGGUACCGCCUGGUGGGGGAUGUGGACUAUGAGGAGGCCAGGGAGGUCAAAGCCGACUGGCUGAAACCGGGGUGUGCAGUGAUCGACGUGGGGAUCAAUGCAGUGGACGAUGCAAGCAAUAAGGCGGGGUACCGGCUGGUGGGGAAUGUGGACUAUGAGCAAGCCAGGGAGGCUCAUCUGCCUUGUUCCCUUUCUUCCCACUCAACCGCCCUCCUCCCUGCUCCCCUCCGUCCCCUCUCCUUCAACUCUCCUUCACCUCCUCCCGCUCGUUCCUUCUCCAUUGCCUCUCCUACCCUCUCUAUUCUCCACCAGGUGAAAGCCGACUGGCUGAAACCGGGGUGUGCAGUGAUCGACGUGGGGAUCAAUGCAGUCGAUGACGCGAGCAAGAAGGCGGGGUACCGGCUGGUGGGGGAUGUGGACUAUGAGGGGGCCAGGGAGGUGGCCGGGUGGAUCACACCCGUGCCGGGGGGAGUGGGACCCAUGACCAUCGCUGUGCUGCUGCAGCACACUCUUACAGCCGCACAGAGGGCACUGGGGGCUAAUUCAUAG